UCGCAGCAGAGAGGGGUACAGAUAGAGAUCGCAGCGCAGAGAGGGGUACAGAUAGAGAUCGCAGCACAGAGAGGGUAGAGGUGGGGGAUCAGCCCCACAGCUGCACCGCUGGAUUCACAUUCACAUGGAGACUUGGCGGCCUGCCGGACUGCCGCCGACACUGAGCUGCAUCACACGGUGUCCCAGCAAAGCCGUCUCGACGGGGGCGGACAUCUUGCUCAUCCCUGGCUGCUGAACAAAUAAGUGAAUGCCGCAGUAGAUAAUAAGAAUACCGACCCUGAAGGACGCGUUAUUUAUAAUGGCGCACUGGGUGAGAAGGAUGGUACCGUAUUUCAUGACCUUGGGAAGCAGUUGGUCCGGGCGGUAAUCCUCUUCCUUAAGGAGAUAGUUGGGAUUUGCGGUUGUAUCGGCGAAUGCAAUAAAUACCAUCGUAAUGUUGGCACUGCCUUUGAAUCGGCAGUGUCUCUGUUCCCCCGGAUUGAUCCUAUUGCCCGCUCGUCCUCCGACAGUUUGAUAGUCUGCAAAGAUGACUGAAAAAAGGAUGUCGUCCAGCCGCAAACACAGCAUCAAGGGCAUGAUGCUCCAGGUUGCCAAGGAAUUGCUGGAGGCAGAAGCGAUUGAGAAGGGUCAAAUACGGGCGACGUAUAUGGAGGAAAAUUGCCCUCCCCUGGUCCUCCCUCGGUCUGUGGAGGAAUUAAAGGAUCUCUGCUGCGAGCUCCAUGCGAAGCUGGAUGUGGUGGAUGAGGAGCGAUAUGAUCUUGCAAGCAAAGUCAACUUGGUCGUCCGUGAGGUAGCGGAUCUAAACUUCAAAAUGGUCGACCUCAAGGGCAAGUUUAAGAGGCCCCCGCUGAAGAAGGUGCGCAUGUCCGCCGACGCUAUGCUCCAGGCCCUGCUGGGCUCCAAGCACAAGGUGACCAUGGACCUGAGAUCCAACCUCAAACAAGUGAAGAAGGAGGUGAAGGAGGAGGACAAGGAGCUGCGCGAUGUUGGUGACUGGCGUAAGAACAUCGAGGACAAGGCCGGCAUGGGCGGCAGGAAGAAGAUGUUUGAGACAGAUGCUUAGAUGAAUUUGGUUUAUGUGAUGUAGUCUACUUCCCUCAAACCUCUUAAGUCCAGCAGUGCUUUAAAAUGGACUCCUUGUCUUAAUUUAAAAUUGGAUCUCUUUUUUGCACAUAAGCAUUUCUUUGUGGCAGUUUAUACGGAAGUGUAAAUGUUGUGGGUCUGCAGGUUUCUGUAGAUAAGCCUUCAUGUUAGCCACAUUGCUGCAUAUCAAGUCAGUCCUUCAGAAAGUAUGUUUCGGUGCCAAAUUUACUUUUGUAA